CGUUAAUUGGCAUUUUUCGGAUCACCCCACCAAUGCUUUGCAGCUGAACGAUGCGUUCAAGAUAGCGUUGGCUCACAAUUCAGCCAAUCAACUUUUUGGAUUGCGCUCUUGCAGGUGGCUGGUGAAUCUCCCGCUAGGCCCAACGCCCAUAGAACCCCCCGAUUGUUCCUGACCAGAAGAUGCUAGUGUGUUUUUGGUGUCACUCCAACCUCCCGUGAAUUCACGUCUCAACACCUGCUAGGGAUAGGAGCUUUCACCAGCCAUCUCAAUUGCAAUUAAUAAAACUACUCCUAGGACGUGCCAGGUUUGUGCUAUCUUCUCUUGUCCUGUCUUCCUAGUUUCACGUAAGAUUCAACAUUUGUCUCUCAUUUUGGGACUGUGAUUAUCCUUCACUCAGUUGUGAAUCGCUCAUGGCAUUUACUCGCUGUUGAUGGCCUCUUGUUAGCUGCCAGUGCCAGCAUCCGCAAGCACCUUAAAGAACCACCGCGAGCCCAUUUCUUACUUCACACAAAAUAACACAGAACUCACUCCCUGCAAACAAACAACACACGCAUUCAGCGAAAUAGCCUCGUCAAGAUGCGCGGGUUCAUCCCCCUUCUUCUGGCUCUUUCUGCUUCUUAUACCACCGUCAUUGCACUUCCCCAGCCUAGAUUCGUGCCCCGCGAUGCUACAGCCAAACCCAAAUACUCAGUCGUUCCUUUAGAACCUGGCGACGACGACCCCGCCUCAGGCGACCUUGGUGGAGGAAAUGGAGACGGAAAUGGGAAUGGGGGCAGCAGUAAUGGCAGCGGUGGCGGUAGUAGUGGCAACGACGGAGAUGGCGUGGUGACAGUUAUCCGAACAGUGACACGAAAGCCAGUCACAAAAAUUGUCACGCAAACCGAAAAGCCUAGUAUCGUCACUGCUCCUGGAAAGACAGUCACCAAGGCAGUCCCUACUACUGUCUCGGUCAUCAACAUGGACGAUGAGCCAGUCACUGAGACGGUUACUGUCCCUCAACCCAGCUCAAAGCCGACAAUCAUACAAGAGCACGGUACUACUACCGACAAGCGAGAGCCGAUUGUCCAAAGUACAACUCACCUAAGCUCGGCUGCCGCCCCAGGUGUAACACCUCAACCUCAGCCUCAGCCCAUACCUCAGCCUGAGCCUGAGUCCGAAUCACCUACCAACGUGGAGUCGCCUCAGACUACCGAAACAUCGUCAACCACCUGCACCACUGACUAUCCUCCACUUGUUGAGACAGUUGUUCAGCCUCCUCCUACUAUCGAAAGUCCAGGCCCGGUUUCGGAGCCAACUACCGUCCUCACCCAGACAAGCGAGAGCGCUGGUGCUCCAGAACAAACUGAACGUCCUACACCGGACGCUCCAGUGGCGCCUGUUCCUUCGCAGGGUACCUUUGUUGAAAGCCAUGCGACUCAGGAUCAAUCCUGGCCUACUGCUGCCGUACCUUAUGAGCCCCCUGUAGUGCCAACGACUUUGAUCACAUUGACUACCACUACCACCUCAAUCAGCACCCCUGAAUCAAGCUCAGCCUCAAAGACAUACGAUAAUGGCGCAUGGCACACCUCCUACCCUGCCUGGAAUGGAACAGCACUGGCGAUCUGAUUUCGAUAUAUUUGUGAAAAGUUAACAGCAUCACUCAGCCGCGAGUUCAGCAUGCGUUCAAAGGAAGGAUAUAGACAAAACGGUAAGAAGCACGGCGAACAGAGAGGAUAACUGACAUAUAAUGAUGGUUUGCUUGUAAUAUUGGGCAUAGUUUAUAAUAGACCCAGCGGAAGGAGGCAAGCGGACCAAGCGCUGGGACGUUUUGCCGCAUGUAAUGAAUAAUACCAAUCAACACCAAUCUUUCUAUAAACAAAGGCAAAGAGCAAAGCAUGAAACUUAUGUUUUGUGUAACGAAAUUGGCUGAACCCUGCUAGAGUGUACACUCUAGCUGUUGUAUAUAAUCUGAAGGCGUACUAGUGUGUUGGCUGUGACUAGAAGAAUGAUAUAUCACCUCAGAGCCUCUAGAAGUGACGGCGCACACGAGCCUGGCAGUUUUGGCCGCGUGUUAUAUACAGACAUA